AUGUGGGCGGCGGUCUCUCUCCUGCUGCUGCUGCUGCUGCUGGCGCGGCUGUGGCGGCGCGGAGCUCUGCCGCUGGAACCGGCCGGCCGAGCCGUGCUCAUCACCGGCUGCGACAGCGGCUUCGGGCACUUGCUGGCGCUCCGCCUCCACCGCCUCGGCUUCACCGUCUUCGCCGGCUGCCUCUGCCCCAGCGGCGAGGGGGCGCGGCGGCUGCAGCGAGAGGCAGCAGUCGGCCCCGGCCACCUGCGCGUCCUGCGGCUCGAUGUCACCCGCGACCGCGACGUGCUGGCUGCUAAGGAGAUGGUACUUAGCCAUCUGCCCGAGCAAGGUUUCUGGGGACUUGUCAACAAUGCAGGAAUAUCAACAUUUGGUGAGACAGGGUGGCUGUCAAUGGAGAAGUAUGAAAAAUUUGCAGAUGUGAAUCUCCUUGGGAGCAUCAGGACAACCCUGGCAUUUCUUCCCCUUCUAAGGAAAUACAAGGGACGUAUUGUUUUCAUGUCCAGUGUUAUUGCCUAUUUUACUCUGGGAAACGGCAUUUAUUCUAUGACCAAAGCAGCUAUUGAAAAAUUCUGUGAUGCUCUAAGACUGGAAAUGAAGAAGUUUGGUGUCCAGGUCUGUAUUAUUCAGCCGGGAAAUUAUGCACGCUCUACCCAAAUUCAGCCACCAGUCAGUGCUGAAGAGAUUUGGAAUGAACUCAGUGAAGAGGAAAAGGCAGUUUAUAAUAAGGAGUAUGUUCAAGAGCGGGCAAACUUCUUCAACAGCAUACUCAGUGAAGGAAGCCCUAACAGCAGUGAGGUUGUAGAUGCUAUGGUAGAUGCUUUAAUGUCUCCUGCUCCCAAAGCACGUUACAUGGUAGCAAAGCUGAAGGAGAAAGCACUGGUGUUUGUGUGUACUUUAUUCCCAACUGUUGUGAUGGAUUCUGUUCUGUCUUAUGCACUGAGUAAGGUAAAACUUGGGCCUCACUGUACCGAGCCCUGCAGCCGCUCUCUCCCUCCCUGCCGAGGCUCAUCACUACCUUCCGCCCGUAAGCCAGCAACCCGGCUGCGUACCCUGCCUCACCCCCCAUUCCGAGGGCGGAAAGGCGCCCUCCCGUACCUCGCACCCCUCACGGUGCUGAAGGCAGCGGCGGCUGAGGGGAACGGCUGGGAGCAGAGGCUGAAGGCUGCGGCUGAGGGGAGCGGCUGA